AUGGCUGCUGUUUUAAGGUCAAAAUCAUCGCGAGAUACUGCUUCGUUUGCUACCUCACAGCUCAGAUAUUUCAUUCAGAACCAUAUCCACGCGGGUACUGCCCUUUACCAACGGAGCGCCAUAACGGGAUUUGAUAAUUAUAAUUUUAUCUCAGGCUCCCGCUUUAAUUUCACACCAUUCAAGCCCAUCUUUCUGCGCGGCGAAUAUGUCGAUAAUGGCCGGAGUAAUUUUCCGACUUCUUUUAGGAUUAAGAGGAAAGUUGAGAACUUUAGCUCAAAAGGGGACCCGCCUGAGGUCAGGCAGCCUCCUGGAAUGGAUGGAAAUGUAGCGCGCCCGGAAGUUAAAUUUAUUCAGAUGAGCGAAGGGGAUGGAUCAAGUACGGGCUCUGGUGGUCGGUUUGGGUCGGGCUCCAAGGAUGGGUGUUUUGGCCCGGAUUUUCCGACUCCUAAAGAAAUCUGUAAGGGGCUGGAUAAAUUUGUGAUUGGCCAGGAGAGAGCGAAAAAGGUCCUUUCUGUAGCAGUUUAUAAUCAUUACAAGAGGAUAUAUAGCGAUUCCACACAAAGGUCUUCAGGGAGUGCAGUUAGUGACAAAGUGGAUGGAACUGAUAAUGAGACAGUAGAACUUGAGAAAAGUAACAUUCUUCUAAUGGGACCAACAGGCUCAGGGAAGACGCUACUUGCCAAAACUUUGGCGCGGCUGGUGAAUGUUCCCUUUGUCAUUGCCGAUGCUACUACACUUACUCAGGCACGAUAUGUUGGGGAAGAUGUGGAGUCCAUUUUAUAUAAGCUACUUACGGUUGCUGACUAUAAUAUUGCAGCUGCACAGCAAGGCAUAGUUUAUAUUGAUGAAGUUGACAAAAUCACGAAAAAGUCUGAAAGCCUCAAUAUCAGUAGAGAUGUGUCGGGAGAAGGUGUCCAGCAAGCAUUGUUGAAAAUGCUUGAGGGGACUGUGGUCAAUGUCCCAGAGAAAGGAGCCAGAAAGCAUCCUAGGGGUGACAAUAUUCAGAUUGAUACAAAGGACAUUCUCUUUAUAUGUGGUGGUGCCUUUAUUGAUUUGGAAAAGACGAUAUCAGAAAGGCGUCAUGAUUCUUCUAUUGGUUUUGGUGCUCCUGUACGGGCAAACAUAAGGACAGGCCGAGUUACAAGUGCUGCUGUGGCAUCGUCUUUACUAGAAACUGUUGAAAGUGGUGAUCUAAUUGCAUACGGGUUAAUACCUGAGUUUGUUGGACGAUUCCCCAUCCUUGUUAAUUUGGCAGCACUUACUGAAGAUCAACUUGUUCAGGUUUUAAUGGAGCCUAAAAAUGCUUUAGGGAAGCAGUAUAAGAAGAUGUUCCAAAUGAAUGACGUGAAGCUUCGUUUCACAGAAGAUGCAUUGAGAUUGAUUGCUAGAAAAGCAAUAACCAAGAAUACAGGAGCUCGGGGUUUGCGAUCCAUGUUAGAGAAUGUUUUGAUGGAUGCUAUGUACGAGAUUCCUGAUGUUAGAACAGGAGAUGAUUUAAUAGAUGCUGUUCUAGUAGAUGAGGAAUCCAUUGGAUCUGAGAAAUGUGGAUGCGGGGCUAAAAUCCUUCAUGGUAAGGGGGCACUGGACCGCUAUCUUUCAAAACACAAGUUAAAGGAUUCAGAGGCAUCUGCGGAUGGGUCUGAAGGAGAAUCUGUGGAGGAACCGGAACUUCCUUCAAUCGUUGCAUUGUAA